AUGCCUGCUCAGGGCAACCACUCAGAGGUGACAGAGUUCAUCCUGGUGGGCUUCCCAGGCUCCCUGGGGCUCCACCUGUCCCUGCUGGUGCUGUUCCUGCUGGCCUACCUGCUGACCAUCACCGAAAACCUCAUCGUGGUCACGGUGAUCCGCUCCAGCCCCUCCUUGCACAAGCCCAUGUACCUCUUCCUCGGCAACCUGUCCUUCCUGGAGGUGUGGUACAUCUCCGUCACGGUGCCCAAGGUGCUGCUGGGCCUGGCCGCGCCCCGGUUCUGCCGCAUCUCCUUCCCAGGCUGCAUGGCACAGCUGUACUUCUUCCUGGCGCUGGCCUGCACCGAGUGCUCGCUCCUGGGGGUCAUGGCCUAUGACCGCUACGUGGCCAUCUGCAACCCCCUGCGCUACCCGGCCGUCAUGAGCCCCGGCCUCUGCAGCCUCCUGGCGGCGGGCUCCUGGCUCUCCGGUUUCACCAUCUCCCUGGGGAAGGUCUUCUUCAUCUCCCGCCUGGGGUACUGCGGCCCCAACGUCAUGAACCACUUCUUCUGUGACGUGUCCCCACUGCUGAACCUGGCCUGCUCCGACAUGUCGGUGGCAGAGCUGGUGGACUUCCUCCUGGCGCUGCUCAUCCUGCUGGGGCCCCUGCUCCUCACCAUCUUCUCCUACACGGCCAUCCUCAGCACCGUGCUGCGCAUCCCUUCCGCCGACGGCCGGCAGAAGGCCUUCUCCACCUGCGCCUCACACCUGGCCGUGGUGGUGAUUUUCUACUCAGCCUCCCUCUUCAUUUAUGCCCGGCCACGGGCCAUCUACUCCUUCAACUAUAACAAGCUGGUGUCCGUGGUGUACACCGUGCUCACACCCCUUCUGAACCCAGUCAUCUACUGUCUGAGGAACCAGGAGUUUAAGCAGGCUUUGCACCGGGCCCUGCAGAGGGCAGCCCAGCUGCUGGGGCCUCCUCCUCGGCGGGGCUGGCAGCCCUGGGCUGCCAGGGGGAUCAGCACGCCCUCCCCUGGCCCCUGA